CUGAAUCUUGGUUUGUAUUUCAUGCUUGAAUUGAGUCUGGACAGAAGAGGGUCUCUGAACUCAGUGCUGAGUUCCUGACCCUGAUGGGGCAGUCAGCAGACUGCUGAAGAGAUGGCAAUAAUUCAACUCAUUAUUUUUCAGAGGAACUUAGCACUGGAAGAUCCACCCACCCACCCACCCACCCACACACUGGUGGGUGCUGUAUUGUUGUUUUGUCAGCACCUGCUUUGUCAUUGCAGACCUUCACCGGGGGUCCACAGGCAGGACCAAGCUUUCAGGUUUGCCCCAGCCGAGGUCUCCUCAGGGCUGAGGUUCUCUCUGUCUCUCCAGGUUGACAGGAAUAAGAAGGAUGUUUCCAGGAAUGUGGUGAAGGGCCCUCAGAGGAAUGGCAAGCCUGGUGUCAAAUCCACACAGCAUGUUGGUCACACUGCUCAGCAAAAACCUUCAAACACCUCCCAGAGAGCAGCAGUGGUGCAACCAGAGCAGCCAAGGAGGGGCACAAAGCUUCCCCUGGGGCACGUGCCAAGCAUGAGCCACCCUACCCAGCCCAGAGGGAGGCUCCUGACCUCAACCUCUACUCGCCCAAAUCCAAAGAGGACCAAGAAGCCCUCACAGGAGACUGUCACCACUGCAGCCCCUCUGGCCAACAGUGACCAUGCCCUUCCCAGGGCACCUUCCUCCCUCAACCAGGGCCUGCAGGACAGGCUGGUCUGCAACAAGGAAAAUCUCCAAGCACAGGGGUCUGCUCAACCUGUGCUGAACAGGGUUUUCAAGUCUGAUGGAAAUAAUCUUGGAAACAAGAGAGUCUUGGCUCACAAGCAAAGCUCAGUUAUGAUGUCAAGAACUGUUACGGGCCCAAAGGACAGAAUUAGUAGCCACCAGGCUAGGCAAGAGCCAAGUCAGGAUAAAUUCAGGAAACCUCUGCCAGGCUCCAAGAGCAUGUCUCAAAAACCAAGUGUCAAAACUCAGCUACUGCAGCCCCCCUGGUCACUUUCUGCUUCUACUAAUUUGCUACAUAAAAAAAUGGGGGCAAAUCAGGAAAAAACUCAUCCAGCAAGGGAGGCUGGAGUAAAGCCACAGGGCAGGCUUCCUGUAGGAGGCCUUGAGCACCACAGCGGGCCCCCUCAAGUUAAAAGAAAUUCCAUAAAGCCUCCAGCCAGCAGCAGGCUCUGGAGGCCCACAAACCCAACACCCAGCCUGAAAGCAGGUGGGACCCUGCAGUGGCAAAGGCCUCUGGAAAAGGGGGCUGUGAAGGAUGCCAAGGCAGCAUCCCAAGUGACAGUCACCCAAAACCAGCCAGGCAGCACGCACAGCUCCAAAACUCCAUCACUUGUGAGUGGUCUUAGGAGUGGGGGAGACAGACUUAAAGCAGAGGCACACAAGCCAGGAGGGAUCCAGGCCAGGCGUGUCCCCAGGACCCCAUCAGCUGCAGAUCGUAAGAAACAGCUGCAGGAGUGGUUGGCAUCCAAAGGCAAGACAUACAAACGUCCACCUAUGAUGCUGCUUCAGAAACAGCCAGCAAAGCUGUCCUGGAGAAGUACCAAGGAGAAAGAGAAGCAAGAGAAACCAGAGCAGCUCCUCCUGGAAAAGAUCAACAACAUAUUCACUGAGUGCCUGAAGCUCAUUGAGGAGGGUGCCCAGGCAGAGGAGGUCUCUGCCCUGCUGUCCCGUGUGCCCCAGGCAGAGAAAUUUGCCAAGUUCUGGAUCUGCAAAGCAAAACUCCUUUCCCAGAAUGGUCCUUUUGAUGUGACAGGGCUGUACAAAGCUGCAGUCUGCGCGGGUGCUGCGCCACUCCAGGAGCUCAGAGAAGUUGUCCUUGAUAUUUUGAAGGCUACAGACCAAACAUCAGGAGGGGACGAGGCUGUGCAUCCCCUUCCUUUGGAGCCUACAACACCUUGCUCCAGUGAGAAGCAGCAUGUGGCAGCAACUCCCUGCCCUACCAGGAGGCCCCCACUCAGCCUGCCCCUCUCCAUCAAGUUACAAGUUAAGUCUGCGUCCAGAGGAAAGGAGUUUCUAGAAGGCCAGGAGCUGAAAUUCGUGACACCAGUGCGACGCUCGCUGCGGAUAGAUGGGGCUGGGAGCCACUACCCAGAUAUGCUGAAGGACCAUGACCCUGUAGUGUCUUCCCUCAGUGAACUCCUGGAUGCUGAGGAGGAGACUCAGUUCUUCUUCCGGAAAAACAAAGCUUUGCCAGAGGUGGCAGAGCUGGAGGGUUUGAGUUUGUAUCCUCCAGAGUUCUCCUGAGAGGUUCCUGGGGGGGGGAAGCUUGGUUCCUUGCACACACUCCAUUGACUUCUCAU